AUGGGUAAAGAGGAAGACACAUCUCGACCGGCGGUGGUGCUCCCACCGGCGGAUCCAUCCAAGGUCUUCCGUCCAGACAUCUUCAAAGGCAAAGUCCUCUUCUGCACCGGCGGCGGUUCGGGCAUCUGCUACGAGAUGACCAAGACCAUCAUGUCAUUCGGUGCCAACGCGUCCAUCCUAGGACGCAAAGCGGAUCGUCUCGCCCGAGCGUCCGAAGAACUCUCCUCUGCCACGGGUCAACAGUGUCUUCCCUGUCCAGCCGACGUUCGCGACCCGGAGCAGCUUCGGGAAGCCGCACGCAAGACGAUCGAAAAGUUCGGACGCAUUGACUUUGUCAUCGCCGGAUCCGCCGCAAACUGGCUCGCCAGCACAGAGCAGAACAACGAAAAGGGCUUCAAGACCGUCAUCGACAUCGACCUGAUCGGAUCGUACAACACGGUGAAAUCUACUCUCGAAGAAGUGACGAAGAACAAGGGCAGCUACAUCUUCAUCAGUGCCACUCUGCACUACUUUGGUCUUCCGUACCAGGGACCUGCGAGUGCAGCGAAGGCAGGAGUGGACGCUCUCAGCCGCGUCCUGGCCGUGGAGAUGGGUCCGUUGGGUGUAAGGAGCAAUGUAAUUGCCCCAGGACCUAUUGGAGAUACGGAGGGUAUGGAUAGGCUGGCUCCCAAGGGCGUGGGUGAGGCGAUCGCCGAAGGCGUGCCGAUGCAGAGGAUGGGUAAGAAGAGCGACAUCGCCGCAGCGGGCGUGUAUCUGUUCAGUGAGGCGGCGAGCUUCGUCACAGGAACGCAGAUGGUAGUGGACGGAGGAGCUUGGCAUGUUCAGGGACCGAUGCUGCCGUACCCGACGAGCAGUUUGGAUCCCAAGAGCUUGAGCUCCAUUGUUAGCGGAUCUAGGCUGUAA